AAAAACCAAGCAACCAACACUGGAUACAGCACAGAAGUCAAAAGCUACAUCAGAAGGUUCUAACUUUUAUCAUCACUAUUACCAGCAUCAUCAUCAUUAUCAUUACCUUCACCAUCAUCACUGCCACCAUUAUACCUGAUACUGCCACAACAAUUAGAACAUUAUGUACAGGCAUAGCAUACCUUCCCAAAGAUCUUGGCCACUAUGGACUACAAUCCUUAUUUUUCUUGGAGUGGCAGCAAUCUUGGGAGUAACUAUUGGUCUUCUUGUUCAUUUUCUGGCAGUUGACAAGAUUUACUACUAUCGAGGUGAUUUUCAAAUUUCUGGAGUCACAUACAAUAAUUGUGAAAAUGCAGGUUCACAAGCCAGCACAAAUCUAAGCAAAGAUAUUGAGACUAAGAUGUUAAAUGCAUUUCAAAAUUCCAGCAUAUAUGAGGAAUAUGUCAAAUCUGAGGUCAUUAAACUUCUGCCUAAUGAUAACGGUUCAAAUGUACAGUUACAGCUGAAAUUCAAGUUUCUUCCAGCAAAGAGAGUUAGCAUGAGGACUAAAAUCAAGGCUAUAUUACACCAGAUGUUGAAGGACAACAUGGCAUCCUGGAACGCAGUUCCUGCUUCCAUUGAACUCAUGGAAAUCAGCAAAGCUGCUUCUGAAAUGCUUACCAACAACUGUUGUGGGAGGCAACUAGCCAACAGUAUCAUAACUGGCAACAAAAUUGUGAAUGGAAAAAGUGCCCAGGCAGGGGCGUGGCCAUGGCAGGCCAGCAUGCAAUGGAAAGGCCGUCACUACUGUGGAGCCUCUCUGAUCAGCAGCAGGUGGCUGUUAUCUGCAGCUCACUGCUUUGCUAAGAGAAACAAUUCAAAAUAUUGGACUGUCAACUUUGGAACUGUAGUAAAUAAACCAUAUAUGACACGGAAAGUACAAAACAUUAUUUUUCAUGAAAAUUAUAGCAGUCCUGGGCUUCAUGAUGAUAUUGCCCUUGUACAGCUUGCUGAAGAAGUUUCUUUUACGAAGUACAUUCGUAGGAUUUGUCUUCCUGAAGCCAAAAUGAAGCUCUCACAAAAUGACAAUGUUGUAGUUACAGGGUGGGGAACACUUCAUAUGCAUGGUGCAUUUCCAGUGACACUUCAAGAAGCCUUUUUGAAGAUUAUUGACAACAACAUUUGCAAUGCCCCAUAUGCAUUGUCUGGCUCUGUGACUGAUACAAUGCUGUGUGCUGGAUUUAUGUCAGGAGAAGCUGAUGCAUGUCAGAAUGAUUCUGGUGGACCACUAACUUAUCCUGAUUCCAGAAAUAUCUGGCAUCUUGUUGGAAUAGUAAGCUGGGGUGAUGGAUGUGGUAAAAAGAAUAAGCCAGGUGUCUAUACUCGAGUGACUUCUUAUCACGAUUGGAUCACAUCCAAGACUGGACUCUGAAAGAAAAGUAAUUAUACAAAGGAACAGAAAGACAACUGCAGGCUAUCCUUAUCUGUGGCUUUGGGAACUUUUUAUUUUGAUUGUUGGUAAAUCAAUCAUUUUAUAUUAAAAAAUGUAAAUGUCUUUAUUAAUAUUUAGUUAUAUC